AUGUCGAGUUUCUACGUAGACGACUGCUUAGGAAGGUCUGCUAUGGAAGCUGAAGCUCAUCUACUGCAAACUCAGUUAACAGAGUUACUCGCAUCAGGAGGAUUUCCACCGAGGAAAUUGUGUUGGAACAGUCAAAGAGUUAUGGAAACCAUUCCAGUGCAGGACACAGAAACGUCCUUGCCAUGCCAUCUCACUGGGGAACCAACAAAAAAAACCUUAGGUAUAUACUGGCAUCCUGAUUCUGAUAUCUUCCAGUGUCAGGUGCAACUGAAGAGUCGUCAGCUGACUAACAUUACAAAGCGUAAUGUUUUGUCUUUUAUAGCAUCAAUCUAUGACCCACUGGGACUGCUAGGCCCAGCAGUAGUGAAAUGUAAAUUGUACAUGCAACAUUUGUGGCAAUCAAACCUUGACUGGGAUGAAGCUCUUCCACCCAAUUUAAUUGAGGAAUGGAAUGAUAUUGCUGAGCAGUUGCCCUCUCUAACUGACAUUGUAAUUAGAUGUAAGAUCAUUCCUAGUCCACAUUAUGUAGAAUUAGAAAUUCAUGAAUUCUGUGAUGCUUCACAGUUAGCAUAUGGUGCAUGUAUAUACACAAGGUGUGUCUUUGUCAAUGAAGAUGUGUUAGUCUUAUUGAUCACAGCAAAAUCCAGGACUGCUCCCAUAAAACAGCAGACAUUGCCACAACUGAAAUUAUGUGGUGCUCAACUCCUAGCAUGA